CGAGAUGAAGUCAUAAGCAUUUUAAAGGCUGAAAAAAUGGACUUGGCUUUGCUGGAAGCUCAGUAUGGGUUUGUCACUCCAAAAAAGGUGUUAGAGGCUCUUCAGCGAGAUGCUUUUCAAGCCAAAUCUGCCCCUUGGCAGGAUGACAUCUAUGAGAGACCAAUGUCUGAGUUGGACAAAGUUGUGGCAAAACAUAAAGAAUAUCACAGACGAAUUUUGAAACAGCUUUUAAUAGUAGAAAAAUCUCAUAGGCAAACCAUAUUGGAGUUAGAAGAAGAAAAGAGAAAACAUAAAGAAUACAUGAAGAAGAGUGAUGAAUUCAUCAGUUUACAAGAACAGGAAAUCGAAAGGUAAGGCUACUUUGGACAAGACAAUGAACCCUACUGCACUCUUUUUUUUAAAAAAGUGUAUUUU